AAAAUAUUCACUUGCAAUCAGAACGUUCAGCCGACAAGAAGCAAUUAAAAUCGAGUCUCAGCUAAGUGAAGUCAAAGCAAAAAAAAACUUUUUGGAAUCAACAGAUUUUUGAAGCUACCGUUAAUGAAGAGAGUCUUGAAAAAAAGUGUAAACCUACAAAUAUUUUUAAUUAUAAUCAACAGUAUUGAGUGCAUAUUGCGUAACUCGAGCUCUAUGCUAGACUUGAGCGCCGAUUGAACUUGAAACGUUAGAAAACUUUUUAUGUUUAGAAAAAAAUAUUUUUAAAACAUUAAAACUCCAAAAAAAAUUAUAGAAACACUUAUGAAAAAGUUUAAUCUAUACGAAAAUAAUUAAUUGAUAAUUAAAAUAAAUAUAUUAUUGCGUUUCGUACACCAACGCAUAGGCGAAACUCCACUCACGCUCAUAUCCGAUAAGCGAUACUCUGCUGACCAAUUUUUCGCGCCAGCCAACGGUUCCACAACAACACAACGGAAGUGGUCGUUCAUUAAGUGCGGCGUAACUAAAGAAACAGUAACAAAAACUUUUGUUAUUUGCAUAAAACUAAGCGAAUUGUUUCUACGUCUGUGUGUGAUUACCUAAUAGAAGCCGAAAAAGAGCAGAAACACUUUUUAUAUUGAACUAAUUUACGCAAAAAAACUAGUGACGAUUUUUAGUCGAAGUUUGGAUUUUGAAAAAAAGAUAUUUAACCGAAAUGCAGCCUCUAAAGCGUUUCACACAAUGUGGCAGCCUAACCAUGCUCUUUGGCGUCUUUAUUAUACUGUUCGGUGUCAGUUCGACCGCUUUGACAACUUUUGGCAAGACGAAUAAUGAUAAGCCAACACCAACACCAAUAAUUAAGGGCAAGGAGUGUAACAACCAUGAUGACUGCAUAACGAUAGAUAAAACCAGCUGCGUUAAGGACCCAAAUGACUACAAGCAUCGCUGCCUGUGCGGUGAUGAUUCGGCACCGGUUAAUGGACAUUGCCAGGAUGUACUAAAAGGUCUACGUCACAAAUGCACCAGUAGCCAUGAAUGUGAGGACGGCUUGGUUUGUCAAUUCGAGAGUCUUAAUCGUACAAUUGGUGUAUCGAAAUUCAUUUCCAAAACUAAAUUAUGCCUCUGCGACAACGAGAGUGGAUUCUUCGAAGAUGUUUUGCGCGACAUUUGCAGCGGCGCUUCGCUACAAACAAUUGCAAAUAUUUUGUUGUCGCUUCUCUCCACGGUGGCGCCGUUUAUUGUCUAUGCACGCAUGAAGCCGCAUUUCUAAACGGUCGACCGACAGCAGAGGAGCUAAAGAGAGUUUUAUCACUAUUUUUUCUAACUUUAAGUUCACUUUAACUUUUGAUGUUAAAUAUUUUGAAUACUUAGUUAAAGCACAUAGACAUAUUUACAUAUGUUUUGAGUCAAAACAUUCAACUAGAAGCUACACAUUAGAAAGUAUAUGGUCAAUUAUCUUACUCAAAUAUAGUAAGUGUGAUUGUUUACAUAAAUAAUUAUAUGGCAGCACUGCACACUGAAGAGAGUUAUAUACACAUAUACAUGUGUAAUUUGUGAGCGUUACCAGAUCUUUUUUAUUAUAAUAUCAAAAUAUAUGAAAAAGCUUAUUCAACUUAAAUAAACAAACCUCAACUCAAACCAACUGGCAUAUACAUAUAUAAUUAUAAGUAUCACUGGUUUUAUAUACAUAAAUAUCGAUUUUACUGUGUGUCACAAACUGUCGUGCCUCUUACAUGAUAUAUAGUUUAAGUUUAUUUACUUGUAUACACCUUAAUGCUCUACAUACAUACCUAACUGCAGUUAUAUUUAAGUGUAAGAAUAAUGAAAAUUGUAAAGUAUACUCGUUUAUGUCUAUCAUUGAUGUCUUAUAGUCAAAUUCAUAACAUUAAUACCACCGCCAAGUUUAUCUGCCUUAUCACUAAGGUUCCCUUAAAUUCAACUUUAUAUGUAAAAUUAGAAGAAAUAAUACACGAAAUAAAAAAACAAAAUCUACGCAAUGCACACACUCGGAUUUUACAAUACUAAAUAGUACAGUGAUCAUCUGGAAUUGGUCUUAAUCUCAAGCAGAACUAUUGUCACUAUAGCACUCAACUCACCGGCAACAUUUCUGAAAACACUUAAGCACUUGCUAGUUGUAAUUCUACACCGUAGUUUGUUAUAAAUAAUAAUAAAUUAAUAAAAAGGUUUACUUGCAUAAACACACGCGUUCGUUUUAAACGAUUUCAAUGGUGGCGAGAAGGAAAACAGCUUAACUCAAUUUUGGAAAGUUUUGUGCGGAUAGUCUCAAUUCAAGCUAAGCGGUUAUGCCUUGCCAUCUGAAUCAAUAAAUUUUUUUGAUUUGCCAUUUGUACCUUAGAUAAUAGAAAAAUUAUUCCCAGAUAUAAGCGCAUUAUUAGGUGCACCUUAACAUAAGUGAUUCUAUAUUUAGUACAUAAGUGUAUAACCAGAGCUUGUAAAAUGUGAUUAAGUUUUGAUGCUAGAAUAUUGUAUGUUUAAUUAAAAUAUUAUUUUGCUUAUAAUAUACUAUCGUAGAUAGGCGUUAGAGCCGCCAGAGUACCAAACUGUGCUUAGACAAAGCUUUGUUCUAUACCGAAUGAGUCAAAUGCGACAGUUCAUAGUCGUUGUUGUCAUUCUAAGCCGGAUACAGAUUUAGCUCGUUCUGGUUAUGUAUACGCCUCCGUUGAAGUUAUAACAAUAGGGAUAUUCAGACCGAAAAUGUUAAUCUGGUAAUUCGUUAGUUAUUACGUCGUUAAAACACUUAACUGUAAACAUACUUGUUGCUCUGUCUCAGUAGUGUGGUAAAUUGUGUUCCAAAAUAGCUGAUUCAAUUUUAUUAAUUACUUAUUUUGAAGUAUUUGUCUAAAAUUAUUUGUAGCGAGCAGCAAAUGUACUUUUUCGCAAUGAAUCAAAUGAACUUUUUAGUCAGCGAUGCAAAACCAACAACUAAUUUGAUGUUACCAAGUAACGAAAAAAUUAUCAAGCUUGUCAGACUGGUACUUCGUUACUCGGUAGAACGAUAAUUUGUUAAUUUUACAACAACAAAUACACAAAAAAACUACCAAAUAACGACUAAAGAAUUAACAAAGCUGGUGUGAAUACCUUUAAUAUUUUCUUCAAGUGGUUGAUAACUGACUUAACUAUUUAGAUGAAAAUCAUCUAGAUUAUAAGGUAUAGAAUGUCUUUUCUUUUUUUAUAACAUCUCUAAAUCAUAUCUAGGCUUUUGCCGCAUUUUGUUAUCUAUAAUUUUAACACCCAUUGAAUGUUCAUUCCUUCUAAGGAUACACACACCAGGAAAUUGAUAAUUGUCUCAGAAUUUCUAGAAUUCCUGAACGUUAAGAAGAUAUUCUAAUCUAGAGGCUUGAAUUUGGAGCGUUUCAAAAACGAAGCUAAAUUUUUAUAGUAAUUUUUUAUCACUAGCACUAAGAAGCACUUUGGUUAAAUCGGUCUACUCGUACUUAAAGGAUUUAUAUUUUAAAGCUCCACAAGGAUUGCUUACACCAUCAGGAGCAUGACUAAAAUUGUGGUAAAAAGUGUGCAAUUGGAAAAGUCUAGGAACGAUUUAUGAUUAGUAAUGUUUUGAGCAGGCAUAAAUCAUCUUUCCAAAGCCCAUAUGACAGUACCAUAAUUACAUAGAAUAAAGCGAAUGACAAGAUCAAAAUAAAGGAUACUGUAGAGAAAUAAUACGUUAACAUAGCAACAUAUAUUUUUUUGAAUACUGCUUGAAAGUAGUUCUAAUAAGCUUCGAAAAGUAAUUUGCGACAUCUGAUUUAAAAUGCGAUAAAAUUAUUUGGUAACCCUGUUAAAUUGCUCUGGUUACAUGGUUAUACAUAUGCUAAACAUAUUUCAUAUCUGCAUUCAUUUAUAGACAUGUAGAGAUAAACACAAAACAUAUUAAAAAUGAAAAUGUUAAUGAAAUAAUCGUAUUGUAGUUUAUGUUCAACCGUGAUUUUAAUGUAUGUAUGUAUGUGAACAUUUUUUCGUACCUUGUUUUCAAUAAAAGUCCAAAACGCUAA